AGAAAUGAGAAAUUUAAAAAUGACUACACAGAAUUCAUGGAGGAAGUGAUAAGCAAAUGAUAUGCAGAGGUGGUGCCACAAGCUGAACUUCAAAGAUCAAAUGGAAAGGUAUGGUACAUCCCACACCAUGGCGUUUUUCAUCCUAAGAAAGGCAUCUUUAGAGUGGUGUUUGAUUGUGGCGCAACAUUCCAUGGAACAUCUCUAAAUGCUGAACUCCUCCAAGGCCCAGACCUGACAAGCACUCUUUUUGGUGUUCUCACUAGAUUCAGACAACAGCCUGUAGCCAUGAUGGCCGACAUAAAAUCAAUGUUUCAUCAAGUCAGAGUCUCAAAGUCUAAUGUGGACUUUUUACGCUUUCUGUGGUGGCCUAAAGGUGACAUGUCUCUACCUCCUGUUGAGCAUUGUAUGACAGUGCAUCUUUUUGGAGCAGUGUCUUCUCCGAGCUGUGCAAACUUUGCAUUGAGAUAAGCAGCCAAAGACAGUGUCAACUGUUUUAGUCCAGAGGUGAUAAAUACUAUUGAAACCAACUUUUAUGUCAACGACUGCUUGAAAUCUAUUGGAACAGAACAGGAAGCAAUAAAGCUAGUAAAAGAUCUCACAACUGUUUGUCACAAGGGUGGAUUCCACCUAACCAAGUGGGUGAGUAACAGUCGCACUGUACUUUCACACAUUCCUAGAGAAGAUAGAGCCACUGAGGUGAAAGAGCUGGACUUGGACAGAGACCCACUCCCCACAGAGAGGGCACUAGGACUGUUGUGGUGUAUAGAAAGUGACAUGUUCAAAUUUAACAUCCUCGUAAUAAAUAAACCCCACACCAGAAGGAACAUUUAUCAAUGGACAGUUCAAUCUAUGAUCCCCUUGGUUUCCUGUCUCCUCUAACUUUGUCUGCUAAGUUACUCCUUCAGGAUCUUUGCAGAAACAAGUGCAGCUGGGAUCAUGAAGUGCCAAAGGCUGCAUUAGAAAGCUGGAGAAAAUGGGUAGCCAGUCUUGACCAACUGGAGAACUUUAGAGUGGAACGCUGUGUGAAGCCAAGUGGAAUUGGAGCAUCCACACAAGCUGAACUGCAUCACUUCUCAGAUGCCAGCGACCACGCAUAUGGUACAGUAAGCUAUCUACAACUGACAUCAGGAAUACAUACCGUGCAUGUAGCUUUCAUGCUUGGCAAGGCCAGAGUAGCACCGUUAAAACAGAUAACAAUACCACGCAUGGAACUUGUGGCGGCUGUGUUAGCUGUAAGAGUUGACAAGAUGCUCAGAAAAGAGUUAGAGAUAAAGCUCAACAGCUCAACUUUCUGGACAGACAGCCAGUCAGUAUUAAAGUACAUUGCAAAUGAAAACACAAGAUUCCGUACAUUUGUGGCCAAUAGGAUCUCCGUUAUAAGAGAGAAUACAAAUGUCAGACAAUGGAAAUACAUUGGAACAAAGUUGAAUCCAGUGGAUUUAGCAUCCAGAGGAAUGGAUGCAAGUAGCUUUAUGAAAAGUAAAGAGUGGAUCCACGGACCGGAGUUCCUGUGGAAAUCAGAAAGAGAAUGGCCACAGAAUCCUUCAGAGUUACUGUCACUCUCCCAAAAUGACCUUGAGAUUAAAAAGAGCACAGCAGUUUUUAGUGCUGUGGUCAAGACAAAUGUCAAUCCCACAUGCCAACUAAUGGAUUACUUUUCAAGUUGGAAUAGGUUGAAGAGGGCUGUCGUGUGGUACAUGAAGCUAAAAGACAUUCUUCAAGCACUCUGUAUGAAAAGAAAGCAGAUGCAAUCUAAUGUCAUUCCAUAGUCACAGACAAGAACUCAAAGCCAAAUGUUGGACAAUAAGAUGAAAGCCUUCAAGAGCAAACUUGGCGGACAACGCAUUUCCUUGGAUGACCUGAUGAGAGCAGAGAAAGCCAUCAUUGUGUUCUGUCAACAUCAAAGAUAUCCAAAGGAAAUUACAAAGCUGGAAAGUAAAAAAUCUACAGGAAAAGGACUUAGUCGAAUGAGCACCAUCUACAGGUUGGACCCUGUACUGGAUGAUGGAGGUCUGAGAGUAGGAGGAAGACUGAGCAAGGCAGCAAUGUCAGAUGAGGCCAAGCGUCUCAUGAUACUAUCCAAAGAUCUCCAUAUCUCCACACUCAUCCUUCGGCACAUACAUGAGCAGCUCGGACAUAGUGGAAGAAAUCAUGUUCUCUCUCAGCUCAGAAAAAGGUACUGGAUCGUCAACCCCAACUCUGCAGCUUGCAAAGUUAUAUCUAAGUGCAUAGUGUGUAGGCGAGUCAGAGGAAAACUUGGAGAACAAAAAAUGGCAGACCUGCCAAAAGAAAGACUUGAAGCUGAUCUUCCACCUUUCACCAACGUAGGUGUAGAUUACUUUGGGCCUUUUGAAACCAAAAGAGGGAGAAGUCUAAUGAAGCGUUAUGGGGUCAUAUUUACCUGCAUGUCAAGUAGAGCAGUACAUCUUGAGAUGGCACACUCCUUAAAUACAGACUCAUGCAUCAAUGCUCUAAGGCGGUUCAUAAGUAGGAGAAGUCAGGUGAUGCAUAUUCGCUCUGACAAUGGAACCAACCUUGUAGGAUCUAAAAGAGAAUUACAAAAUGCUAUUUCAACUUGGAACCAGGAGAAGAUCCACAAUGCAAUGCUCCAGAAAGGUAUCCAGUGGACCUUUAAUCCGCCAGCAGCCUCACAUCAUGGGGGGGGGUGGGAAAGGUUGAUCCGUACAGUGAUGCAAGUUCUCCACUCCACUAUUUAAGAACAAACACUUGAUGAUGAAGGUUUGCAAACACUUUUUUGUGAAGUUGAGGCCAUUCUAAACAGCCGUCCUGUCAGCACAGUUUCAGAAGAUGAAUACGACCUUGAAGCACUAACACCUAAUCAUAUUCUUCUUCUGAAGUGCCAUCCUGCUUUUCCACCUGGACUAUUCCAAGAGUCAGACAUGUACAUCAGAUGUCGCUGGAAACAAGUUUAAUAUGUUGCCAAUCUGUUUUGGAAAAGAUGGACGAAAGAAUACUUACCUUUGUUACAGGAAAGGCAAAAAUGGACAACAGCCAAAGGAGGAUUUCAAGUAGGAGACAUUGUGAUGGUUGUGGAUAGUACAGCCCCUCGGGGUUCCCGGGGCCUCAUUUAUCAAGCGUGCGUACGCACAGAAGUGUGCGUAAAGUGUGCGUAGGAACAGUUUUACGCAAAGUGUGGAAUUUAUCAAAUUGCACUUAUACGUAGAAAUGUGUGUAAAUAUACGCACACCUCUGAGUAUGCGUACGCAGAGCAUCUAGUGGUAGAAUAGCAAUACUACACAGGAUCGUCCAUCCCCAGCGUUAAAAGAACACUUUGUCUAUUUAUUUAUUAUCCACCCCCAGGUGUUAAAAAUAAUCACUGUUAAUAAAGUAACUGCAAAUCAGUGUUGAAGUUAAUUAAUGAAAUUAGUGUUUAACCCUAUAUAAGAAAGCUGCACCAAAUGCUUGACACAGUGCAAUGGCUUAUCUUGCAUUAUUGGAAGACUUGGCAAACCGUGCGCUCCGCAGGGAGCGCGUUUUCAAAGAUCGCGCUGAUUUGCUAGGCGAGAGCACAGAGUGGCUUCUAAGCAGGUACCGCUUUCCCCGAAAUAUACUGCUUGAUUUGUGUCGUGAUUUAGGACCAACGUUGGAGCGAGAAACCCAACGCACGAAAGCUAUUCCCGUGCACAUCCAACUCCUAUCCACCCUGGGAUUUUUAGCAACUGGCACAUUUCAGCGUGAGGUUGGAGACAUAUGCGGCAUUUCUCAGCCAUCAUUGAGUCGAAUUAUGCCGGCGGUGUUGGAUGCAAUUAUUGUGUUGGCCCCAAACUACAUCCAGUUCCCCUACAGAAAUCCACAGCAAGCCGAAGUGAAACGGGGCUUUCAUGCCAUCGCCCGAUUUUCCAACAUAAUAGGAGCCAUAGAUUGCACUCACAUUGCCAUCAAAGCACCAUCCACAAACGAAUUUAACUACGUUAACAGAAAGGGGUUUCAUUCAAUUAACGUGCAAGUUAUUUGUGACGCAAACCUCUCGUUGUUAAACGUUGUUGCGCGGUGGCCUGGGGGAACACACGACUCCUUUAUAAUGCAGAACAGCUCUGUGGGUCUGCGUCUCCAAGAAGGCGCAAUUGCGGAUGGCUGGCUAAUUGGUGAGUUUUACACUACAACGUGUUUAAAUUGCUAUUGCUCGGCUAUGUCAAUGUACAAUAUUUUAAACCAAUGUUCCUUAUUAGGUGAUCAAGGUUACCCGCUGAAGCCGUGGCUAAUGACCCCCCUAACCAACCCAACGACCCAGCAGGAGCAGAAUUACAACCGUGCUCAUGCGCGCUCAAGGGGCACAGUUGAGCGUGCAAUAGGAUUAUUGAAAGGGCGAUGGCUGGGUCUGUCCAACACGGGGGGAACACUGCAGUAUCGGCCAGAAAAAGUGUGCAAAAUUAUCAUGGCUUGCUGCGUGCUACACAACUUGGCCAUCAGGCAGGGUGUCCCUCUGCAGGGACCCCCCAGACCAGACGGCCCUAUGCCCGACGCAGGGUUCCUGCCACCUCCCAAUGCCGCUGCCAUUCAGGCAAGACAGAGGAUCAUACAGACAUUUUAGCACCGCAUCAGUCAGCACUCUUGGCGGACGGCGCACGGAAGGGGCAACGGACGGUCCCGCCUCUACCACCUCUACCGGCUCAUCCAGCUCCUC